UCGUCCACCGCCAUAAUGAACACAAAGGCUAAGAAGGACACCGAAGUUCCUGUAGAGCUGAAAGAUGCUGCAGACUUUGAAAUAGCUGCCUCCUUAACAGGGUUUGGCUUAUACAAUUACCUAAUACUUGUCACAUCUCUGGUGUCUUCCCUGUCACAUCAGUUUGGUGCUUCUUCAUCGUCAUAUCUUCUACCAGCAGCACAAUGUGAUCUUGAAAUGAAGCUGUCUGACAAGGGUUUGCUAAACUCUAUUUCAUUUGCAGGGAUGGUUGCAACAUCAUUUCUGUGGGGUUUCUUGUCAGACAUGUAUGGCAGAAGAAAGCUUCUAGUCAUAGCUUACCUGUUGGAUGGAACUGUAAAUUUUAUAGGGAGCUUCACCCAGAGCUUUGCACUUUUAGUAGCCAUGAAAUUUUUGAGUGGUGCAAUGUAA